AAUGGAGGCUCUCUUUCAAGUGAAGAGUAAAGACGCUUUCUUUAGAUACAGAUAUUUGCCAUCUUAACCACUGCGUGGAUCGGUCAGAAAGGAGUCUAUGCCAGCGUGAUACUUGAACACUAAGGCGUUUUUUUUUUUGCGUGUAAUGAACUGUGAUUGGAUAUUUUUCUGUUUUAAUCGGGAACGGAACCAUGGGAGCAGAAGGACAAAGCCGGGGAAUAUGGUCUUGGUGGGUGGCUCUCGGUUGUUCUGUAAUCCUCGGCUGCAUGCAGCUAAUUUCAGCACAGGUAAAAUACUCAAUUCCAGAGCAAGCGAAUGUGGGAUCUGUUGUUGGGAAUAUUGCAAAGGAUCUUGGUGUGGACAUCUCUACGUUGGAGGAGAGACAGUUUCGUAUUGUGCCAGGAGCCGAUGAUGUCCAGUUUAAAGUAAAUCCAAACAAUGGCGCUCUGUACGUGCAUGAAACAAUCGACAGAGAGAGACUCUGUGAGAGUAUUUCCCCAUGUAUGAUUAACCUGAAGAUAGUAGCAGAGAAUCCGAUGGAGAUACAUUAUGUUGGAGUUGAAAUCACUGACGUAAAUGACAAUUCACCGAUCUUUCAGGAGAAAGAAAAAAUAUUCGAAAUUUCUGAGUCAACUCCGCCAGGAAAACGUUUCCAGUUACCCACUGCUCACGAUCCUGAUGUUGCUCUAAAUACGGUGCGGGUUUACAAACUGACCCAAAACGAACAUUUCAGUUUACAAAUCAGGGAAAGAGGAGAGGAUAAAAUCCCAUUUUUGGUUUUGCAAAAAUCUCUUGAUCGAGAGAAAAACAACGAGCACAAACUGAUUCUGACAGCGUUAGACGGUGGAAAUCCCCCCAAAACAGGCACUGUCAAUGUUACAGUUGUUGUUCUCGAUUCAAACGAUAAUCACCCAACAUUCAGUCAAGAAGUAUACACGGUAACAAUUCCUGAAAAUACAAAAGUUGAUAUGAGUGUUAUUACAGUUAAUGCAGCAGAUUUAGAUGAAGGUGCAAACGGAGAAAUUGAGUAUGUAUUUGGUGGUGAACUUGAUCCAAAAAUAUAUGAAACGUUUAGUUUAGAUAAAGUCACAGGUGAAAUUAGAGUAAAAGGGGGAAUUGACUUUGAAGAAGUUGAUGUGUUUAAGUUAGAUGUUCAGGCAUCAGACAGAGGAUACCCUCCAAUGAGCAGUGACUGCAGGGUGAUCAUCAAAAUCCUUGAUGAAAAUGACAACAAACCUGAAAUUGAAGUCACAUCUCUUUCUAAGCAGGUUUCAGAGAAUUCCAAGCCUGGUACUGUAGUUUCUUUAAUCAGUGUUACAGACAAGGACUCCGGUUUAAACGGUAAAGUAAUAUGUAGUCUUUCAGGUGACAUACCGUUUGAUCUAAAACCAUCGUUUCAGGAUAACAUGUACUCUUUAAUUUUAAAACAGCAUUUAGAUCGAGAGUCAGUUUCGCAUUAUGAUAUAAUCAUAAAAGCUACUGAUUGUGGUCACCCGCCCUUAUCUACAUUUAAAACUCUGAGCAUUUAUGUGUCAGAUAUAAAUGACAAUGCGCCGGAAUUCGGAAAUAAUCCAAUUGAGCUGUAUCUGACAGAGAACAAUGUGCCUGGAAAUUCAUUAAUUUCUGUGUCUGCUUCUGAUAAAGACUUGGACGAAAAUGGAGCUAUAAGUUAUCAUUUAGUUAGACAGGAGGGAAGCAAAUCGACAAUCACUGCAUUUUUAAACGUUAAUUCAGAAAAUGGAGAAAUAUCUGCGCUGAAAAGUUUUGACUUUGAGACUCUAAAAACUUUCCAGUUCCAAGUUGUCGCCACUGAUUCUGGGACUCCGUCACUCAGCAGCAAUGUCACAGUGAACGUGUUCAUUCUGGAUCAGAACGACAACGCUCCAGUCAUCCUGUAUCCACUCAGCUCCAAUGGUUCUGCUGAAGGUGUGGAGGAGAUUCCACGCAACGUGAACGCAGGACACUUGGUGACUAAAGUCAGAGCCUAUGACGCUGAUAUAGGAUAUAAUGGCUGGUUGCUGUUUUCACUACAGGAAGUUACUGACCACAGUCUGUUUGGUUUGGACCGCUACACUGGACAGAUCAGAACACUUCGCUCAUUCACAGAGACAGACGAGGCUGAACAUAAACUGGUCAUACUGGUCAAAGAUAAUGGAAACGUUUCACUGUCAGCAACAGCUACUGUGAUUGUUAAACUUGUGGAACCAAAAGAAGCUUUUGCAGCUUCUGAUGUUAAAAGUGCUGCAAAGGAUGAUGACGAUGAUGAUGUGACUUUUUACCUGAUGAUCACUUUGGGAGCAGUUUCAGUUUUGUUUAUCAUCAGUAUCAUCGUUCUGAUUGCAAUGCAGUGCUCCAAAUCCACAGACUAUACUUCUAAAUAUCUCCAAGAGACUAAUUAUGAUGGGACACUGUGUCACAGCAUCCAGUACAGAUCUGGAGAUAAACGCUACAUGUUAGUUGGACCCAGAAUGAGUAUUGGAUCUACUAUAGUACCUGGAAGUCAUGCAAAUACACUAGUGCUUCCUGACAGGAGGAGAACAUCUGAAGAGAAAGGAGAGCGAGCUUACUGA